AUGGAAAGAGGGCGAAACUCUAGAGCCUCUUCUAUAUGUACACCUAUGCAAAACUAUCAUAAUAACUUGCAGCGACCCCGGGCCCGAAGUAAAACAGGGAUGUAUAAGAACUUCAAAAGCAUUUGUAGACCUUUUGAUUACAAGUUCUGCGGACAUUUAAUGAUGUUGUCUAUCACGAACUUGUUGAGGCUCAACCCCAUGAGAAAGCGAUUUUUUUUUAUCAAGACGUAUGGCGUACGAAAGUUCUGUGGCACAGGAAAUCAAACAAAAAUACCAGCUCGCUACGCAGUGAGAGACAUAUUACGCACCGGCCACCAGAAACGCUUAUUCAGUUGCUGCCUCAUGGGGCAGUUCUGGCAUAACUAUGAUAUAACUAACUCAAGAAUCGAGAAAGAAACAAAUGAAGGUCUACACCAGAGCCACGUCGUCACAGCCUGGCAACUAGAGGAUCCGAUCGAAACUCCCGAAAUAGACACCAUAGAUACGGACAGGAAUCUCGAUAAUGGCCUAAGCCGGUAUGGACCGGAGGACACAGAAAAUCUCAAUUUUGUAGUCACGGACAUGAUGUCCUUGCUAUUGAGAUUAAGGGCCAUAGGCCAUGAAGUCUAUACCAGGACGACUGAGAUAUCACCAUUGAAGAGGUGCAGUCUAAAUGCACUACCAUCUGCACCCUACUCGUCGGCAUAUGUCUUACAAUCUACAGCUUCACGGAUCACUCUAUUUAAUACCCCGAUUCUUGAACAAAGAAUAAAUAUUAUCAAGUCCCGACCGACCGGGUCCCGCGGAUUUAUCGAUGGCUUGCUUUCGGGUUCCAGUUCACUAUCCGCCCGUCCAUACACACAUCAUGUAGCCUAUGCCGGAGAGGAAUGUAUCAAAUACACUUACCUCGAAAAGAGGUUGGCAAAUAUUACAGAGAUUCCAAAACCUAUUCUGAAAGUGAAUUACAUCCUUUUUGGUAAACGGAAUGAUAUUACUGAACGAAGAAAGGAAGUCAUGAAAUAUUUUAUCUUUGAUGAACCUGGUUGA